AGGUGAAACCUAAUUAUUUGGAGUGUGGUAGCUAGUUGGGAAAAGAAAAGCAGAGUUUAGUGUGUAAAGUUGGAAAGGGCAAGGGAGAUUGGUGGCUAGAAGCUACUUCUUAGUUAACUAUUCACGAGCUUGGCUUUUCACUCCACACACACUCACCAUUUUAUCAUACUAAUUUAAUAACUACUUCUACUUGUAAUAUUAUCACACUCUAUAUAUAUCACACUCAUACAUAUAUGAUUCACACUUUCUCACUCCUCUCCACUUUCUCGCACUUCCACUCACUGGCAACAGCGAUGAACACCCAAUCCUUGGAAGAAUUCUCCGCCUCCAACGAUCACAUGAUCGUCAAAGGCAAGCGCACCAAGCGGCCCCGCCCUUCCUCCUCCGCCUCCUCCGAUUUCAACUCCGCCACCUCUUCCAGCAGCACCGAAGAAGACGAGGACCUCGCCAACUGCCUCAUCCUCCUCGCCCGCGGCCACCACCGCCCCAAAGCCGCCGCCGUCUACGUCUACGAGUGCAAGACUUGCAGCCGCACUUUCUCCUCCUUCCAAGCAUUGGGCGGCCACCGCGCUAGCCACAAGAAGCCUAAGACCGCCGCCGACUUCGAUCAGAAGAGGCAGCCGCCGCCGCCGCCGCCGCCGGAAGAGGAUGAAUUCGUCGCGAUUACUCCGCCACCUUCGAGGCCUAAAAUCCACGAGUGUUCAAUCUGCGGAUCGGAAUUUGCGUCGGGGCAGGCGUUGGGAGGCCACAUGAGACGACACCGUUCCGCCCAAAAUACGGCGGCGGCGGCGGCGGCCGAGGAUUCCAAUUCGAGCCAUCACGAUCAUCAUCAUCGUCACGUUGUGGAGAAGGCGAGGAAUAUGUUGUCGUUGGAUCUCAACCUGCCGGCGCCGCCGGAGGAGGAGUUUCGCGCUUUCUCGUCCAACCAACAGCCGCAGCGGCUCGUGUUCGCGGCGGCGGCGCUGGUGGAUUGCCACUACUGAGGCGGGUUGACAAUUUCGAUCAAUUAAUUAAUGUGAAUAAUUAUUUCUAUUUUUUUUUUUCUUCUAUGUUUCUGUUAAUGUUAUGAAAUUAUAAAUGCCAUUAAUUACUCACA